CCCCCCAUUAUACUACUUGCAUACCAGAAGUGACGUGUUCUGCACUCCUAGCGAAACUUCGGUGCCACGCGUACAGUUUGUUGACAUGAUGAUGCUGCCGAAAUUUCUUGGGUUUUGCUUGUUUUUAUGCAUACACAUUUAUAAUGUAAUUGUUGAUGUUACAGUUGCUGUUGCAACGAUCGAUGACGUGAAGAUAGAGGUUUUAUUCACGCCAGACGACUGCGUAAAAAAGAGCAAAAAGGGGGACCUGAUGAACGCCCACUACGAUGGAUAUCUUGCAGAAGAUGGUACUCAGUUCUACUGUAGUCGCUCUGACAAAGCCGGACACCCUCAGUGGUUUGUGUUGGGAGUCGGACAGAUCAUAAAAGGCCUGGACAUAGGAAUGAAUGGCAUGUGUGCUGGUGAAAAACGCAAAGUCACUGUUCCACCUGAACUGGCCUUCGGAGAAAAAGGCAAAGGUCCUGUUCCACCCAACGCCACGUUGGUGUUUGAGGUGGAGGUUUACUCCGUGUCUAAAGGACCACGCAGCCUGGAGUCCUUCAGGGACAUUGACCUGGAUGACGACAAGGUUCUCACCAGGGAGGAGGUGAGAUUCUACUUCAAGGUGGAGUACGAGAGAGACGGUAGCAAACCACGUGAAGACUCCUUCUAUGAGAGAAUGGUGAACGACGUGUUCCAGAAGAGUGACCACGAUCGAGAUGGACUGAUAACGUUGAAAGAGUACAAUAUUUAUGAACACGAUGAACUUUAGUACCACCGUUGACUGCACUGAAUGACACUAUUAGAGUACAUUUGUUACUGUUUUUUGAACUUUGUAAACAUUGUUGGAUAUUCCAGAGAUGCUGACUAGCCUGCAGCGUUAAUAAAACCACUAAAUAGUA